UUCAGAUGUCAACUGAGACAACGGACAGUUAGCGAGAGCUCGGUAGCGUAGGGAAGUAAUACUAAUUUGACCAAAAAGCUUCUCCAGCCUGAAUAAAGUAAUGAGGUAGAUAGUCGGAAAGCUAAUUACACUUACCUCGAUUACAAUAGACUGGCAUUGCCACGGUGAACAUGGACCAGGAGUUUGAAGACAUAGAUUCAGAGGGCCGGUGGCAAAAACUGUACCUAGAAAUAAGGAAUCAGUCCUACGAGUGCUCCUAUAAAGUGGCAAAGUAUCCAGAGAAUCGCAACCGAAACAGAUACAGAGAUGUCAGUCCAUGUAGUUGAUCACAGUCGAGUGAAGCUGGAGAGCACAGAAAAUGACUACAUCAAUGCAAGUCUUGUUGUCAUGGAGGAAGCCCAGAGAAGUUACAUAUUGACUCAGGGCCCCCUCAGGAACACCUGUGGUCACUUUUGGCUCAUGAUCUGGGAGCAGAAGACCAAGGCGAUUGUCAUGCUCAACAGGGUCAUUGAGAAAGGCUCAGAAAAGUGUGCCCAGUACUGGCCCACAGCGGAGGAGAGGGAGAUGGCAUUCAGAGACACACGUUUCCUGGUCACGCUGCAGUCAGAAGACACCAAGUCUUACUACACCACCAGAGUGUUGGAGCUGCAGAAUCUUAGUACGGGGGAGAAGAGAGAAAUCCACCACUUUCAUUACACCACGUGGCCUGACUUUGGUGUCCCAGAGUCCCCGGCGUCCUUUUUAAACUUCCUCUUCAAGGUGCGGGAAUCAGGAGCGUUGGGGGUGGAUCACGGGCCGGCUGUGGUGCACUGCAGCGCUGGAAUCGGACGCUCAGGGACGUUUUCGUUAGUCGACACAUGUGUGGUUCUGAUGGACAAAAGGAAAGAUCCUUCAUCAGUGGACAUCAAAAGCACCUUGUUGGACAUGAGGAAGUACCGCAUGGGCCUGAUCCAGACCCCUGACCAGCUGCGCUUCUCCUUCAUGGCUGUCCUCGAAGGAUCCAAGUACAUCAUGGGAGAUUCCUCCGUACAGAACCGGUGGCGGGAGUUGUCCGGGGAAGAUCAGGAGCCGACAUCGGAGUCUCCCCCCUCAACUCAGCCUCAGGCCAGGUGUACGACAGAGCGAUGCAACGGCAGCCAACAGGGAGGUCAGCUGGAGGAGGGAGAAGACUACAGGCAGGAUGGCAAAGUACCAGCACAGUCUCCGUGCAAGGAACAGGAGCAGGAUGGCGGCACGACACAUAAGCGACGCAGAGAAGACAGCAUCUCCAAAUCAGGCACAGCCAAGACAUCCCAAAGCAAGCCCAGGACAAAUGACUCAGAGAAGAAAAGGAAAAGGGCGAAAACCAGUGACUGCUAACCACCUCCACCUGCGGCCGUGCACCUACAGCUCUGGCAGCAAAGCCAACAUCGGCAGGGAUCUUCAGCUCUCUCCCAACCUCUGCGUCCUUCCUUGACUUCAAACCACUCUUCCUCACCCGAACAGCCAGCUCUCCUCUCUUUUAUCGCCGUUUUCUAUUUUUUUUGUCCCAGCCUUGAAACAUUAUUCAGCCACCGCACACCUCCCUCUUCCUCCUCCCGUUAGCAGCAUGUCACUCCUCGGUGCUACCACAGCUCCCCCACGUCUCCUCAUCCUCUCUAAACUGUUUACAGCAGACACUUCGACAUUCUUUGAAGACAGCACAUUUGAAAAGACGAACACACCAGCGCUUUCUCCCAGUCACACCUUAACCACAGCCUGCGCUGCUUCUGGAGUCAGAAAAUCAGUUUUUUUGCUUCAUUAUUAUUAUUAUUAUUAUUAUUAUUAUUAUUAGCAGCUUGUCAUUCUACUAUGCUUCUUCUGCAUUCAUGAAAUUAAGACCGAUACUAGGGGCUAUGCAUUGCCAAUUUGAAAUGCUGUUCAUAUGUGUAUUUUUAGAAAACCUUUUUUCAGAGGCAAAAAUGUUCUAUUUUUUAUAAGAGAUUACUUGAAGUUUUUCACGGUGACGGAGGUUGGUUAAAUUAAAAGCACUGCCUCCUCCCACAUGAGAAAUUCAGUGGCAUGUAAUGUUUCCAUGAUGUACAUAGUGUUCUUUUUAAAAAGAUGUGUGUAAAAAGACAUAUUUUUGCUUGUAAAAACAAAAGAAAAAAACCAACGACAAUGUUAAAGAUUUGAAUACAGUAUAGAAACCUGAUUUGAUGACUUGUUCUCCUUUUUUAAAUGAAAUUGUCUUAAGUUUCUUUCUCUUAGAGUGUAAUCUACAAAUAAAACUGGUAUUAUCUAGUUUACAUAACAA